CCUCCGUCGCGUCGCUUCGCCCCGGCAGACCGCCGCCCGCCCGCCGCCAUGAAGUUCGUGUACAAGGAGGAGCACCCCUUCGAGAAGCGCCGCUCUGAGGGCGAGAAGAUCCGCAAGAAGUACCCGGACCGAGUCCCGGUCAUUGUGGAAAAAGCACCGAAGGCUCGGAUAGGAGAUCUGGACAAGAAGAAAUACCUUGUCCCGUCAGACCUCACAGUCGGGCAGUUCUACUUCCUGAUCCGGAAAAGGAUCCACCUCCGAGCCGAGGACGCGCUCUUCUUCUUCGUGAACAACGUCAUCCCCCCGACCAGUGCCACCAUGGGGCAGCUCUACCAGGAGCAUCACGAGGAGGACUUCUUCCUCUACAUUGCCUACAGCGAUGAGAGCGUCUACGGCAGCAUGUAAGGGGCGCACCUCUAGCUGCUGCCGCCUGGGGGCGUGUGCUCCUGAAGGGACCUGCACUUUUUUCGUUGUUGUUUGUUGUUGAUUUUAUGUUAAAGAGCCUUUUGCCCCGGGAAAGGGGCAAGUUUGUGUUUCGUUUCCCCCCUUUUCCUUUUUCUCUGGAAUAUUCCUCUCCCAUCCUUUUAACUUCUUUCCCUUAUAAUCACACCUGUUUCUCCUGUCCCCGCUGCUCUGACCUGCCUUGGGCGUUCUUUGAGGUGUCUGUAGCUAAAAGAAAAUACCUCUUUCCUUUUGCCCCUUCCUCCCCUCCUGGUUUUUCCUUUUUCCUUUUAUUUCCUUCCCUUUUUUUUUUUUUUUUUGAAGGGGGUCGGAGAUCUCGAAUUCUCAGCAACAACAAAAAAUAAAUAAAUCCUCUCCCCCCAUUUCAAUCUUGCGAUUUCACUCCCACGCCUGGGGUUUUUUCCCAUUGGGGUUUUGCUCUGCCUGGCAGUUUCUGUAACCAGAGGGAUCGGGAAUGCUAAUUAAAAAAAGAAAAAUAUAAGGAGAAA